GCGAUGAUAAAUGUCCACGGACCGCCGGUCCGCUUCCUGGUCAGAGUAGGCUGCGGCUUUCCCGUCCCGCCAUGUCCGCCGAUGACUGGAAGCAGAAGUGCAGGGACCAGUGGGGUCUGCAGGGCGUGCCGAUGCCCGACGGCGUGGACUGGAGGUCCGUCCACGCGACCAAACCGCUCGGCCGGAACCUGCUGAGAAACCCCGCGCCGCACGGGUUGACUCACACCUCCCCACCUCCUGAGCCUGAGCUGACAGGAGUGCCCAGCCAUGAACCUCCACGUUUUGAACCUGAAGGUGACUUCACCGGAUGGACCACCAGCACGGAAGUCCUCCCCGAGGACGGCAGCGGCGUACCGCCAGGGGCUGUGGUCUGCUAUCUGCCGGAAUACAGCUGGUUUUCCAUGGAGCAGCUGGUGGACCUGAAGGCUCAGGGGCUGUGGGAAGAGCUGCUGGAUGAUUUUCAGCCCGACAUACUCGUUCAAGACUGGUACGAGGAGAGUCAGGUGGAUGACACCAUCUACCAGCUGCAGGUGAAGCUGCUGGGCGCUGACCGGCAGACCGUGAUCUCGGAGCACACCGUCAAGCCUACCGAGAACCUCAGCGUUUACUCCCACACCUGGAAAGAGGUGUCGCAUGUUUUCUCGGGCUACGGACCGGGGGUGAGGUACGUCCACUUCCUGCAUCGGCUGAAGAACAAGUUCAUGGUGGAGUUCUUCCCCACGCUGGUCACGGGCAGUUCGGUGAUCGUCAGGCCGUCAAGAUCCGGUCGCUAGGUUGGGUGAGAGGGGUUGGCUCUCCUAGCAAACCCUAACGGAGGCACAAUAAUGGCAAACUGAAAAAAAGAAAAGAAAGAAAAAUCAAUAAUAUCUGCCUUUUUUUUUUAUUGUGGUCACGUGCAAUUUGAUGUAAGUCAUUCAAGGUCGUCGCAAAGUGUCCGAUUUACAGUCGUUUACUUAAGAACGGUGGCCGGGUGCGGCUGUAUUUUGAUAUUUUUACUUGUGUUUUCGCUGUAAAAAUCAAUUAAUUGCGGCACUUCUGCAGCUGAUCUGCCUCCACUAUCGCUAUCUAAUAAAAAGCAUGAAAAACUUGA